CUGCUAACUGCUAGCUUGUCCAGCUCCGGUCCGCUAACUGCUACCUUGUCUAGCCCGGGCCUACAAACUGUUAGCUUGUUAGCACAGGCCUGCUAACCGCCUGAAUCGCCGCGUCCCAAACGCCCACCGGACCCAUAUUUACUUUCUAUCUCUUUUGACUUUUAAUUUGUUUAUACCUUCCGGAAACCUGCCUCACCCAAUGUGAUACGGAAUCGCUAUUAUUUUUUAUUUAUUUUUAGAACACACUCAAGAACCUCCAGAAGCUAACCAGCUAACUAGCUACAAGCUAUUCAGUCAUUGUUCGUUUUUUUAACCUGGAUAACACUCGCCAGUCCAGCUUCCCUUCCCCAUCCACCGCUGCCCCCUGGACACUGAUCUCUUGGCUACAUAGCUGAUGCACGCUGGACUGUCCAUAAAUCACGCUCCUCAGCCCAUUGUCUCUUGUGUCUCAGAGCAGCAAACUCCCCCUGAGCAACAGCGCUGUGAGCAGGAGUGGAGCUCCAGUCUGGGGCAGGAGGACACAGAGCCCACACAGAUUAAAGAGGAACAGGGUGAACUCAGGACCCGUCAGGAGGAAGAGCAGAUUCAAGGGCCGGAGACUGAUACCAAAGAAGACUCCAUAACCAUUCCUCUCUGUGUGAAAGGUGACUGUGAUCAGGAGCCACCUCAGCCCACACAUCUUCUCCAAACUGUGGAGAACAAAGAGAAGUACUCUCUACUGACCAACACAACUGGACAGAUCAAAACAGAACCUGAUGGAGAGGGCUAUGGAGUAUCACUAUCAGAACCAACCAGUGACUCCCCUCAGUCUCAGCCCCUCUCUGCAGUAAAUCCAGACUGUUCUAGAACACAGAGUGAGAACACUGAAAGUGUUCCGAGAGAUCCAGAAAGGAGACCAGAGGAGGACACACAGACACACUCAUGUACUCAGUGUGGUGCCGUGUUCUGUGAGCUAUCCCAACUGAAGGCACACAUGCUAUCCCACACAGAACCACACAGUGGUGACACUAGUCACAGGCAAAUCCUCUGCACAGUCUGUUGGAAGUCAUUCACCUCUACCAGUUACCUCAAGGUCCACCUGCGUUCUCACACUAAGGAUAAGCCCUUCCACUGUGGUGUGUGUGGCAAGAGUUUCAGCUACUCAGGCAGGUUCAGGGAGCACCAACGCAUCCACACGGGAGAGAGACCGUACCGCUGCCACGUGUGUGGUAAACGCUUCAGCCAGUCAGUCCAUCUGAAGACCCACCUGAGGGUCCACACGGGGGAGAAACCCUACUCCUGUCCUGUCUGUGGGAAAGGAUUCAGUCAGUCCAGCCAUAUCAAGGGACACCUCAGAACUCACACCCGAGGAAGGUAGCACAAAGAUGCCUUGGAGUGGAAAGACCCUAUGAGGGGGGAUAGACAAAGCCUUUCCCUUGAGCAACAUGGGAAGUCAUACUGAGGAGUCUCUGGUCUCGUUUACAUGGCUUAUCUAGUUUGUGUUACUUCCCUGUCAAGAUAAAGGUUCAAUAAAAAUGUUCUCAUAGUACCCAGCAUUUUGGAAGAGAAAGAGAUAGAACUGAAGAGAAGGAAUGUCUAAUUCUACAUUUAAUUGAAAGACUAGAGGACUAUAGAAUGUGUAAUGUUUUGCAGACUGAGGCACCUCAUGUCUGCAUUGAUUUGAGAGAGCUGCUCAUGAACAUGCUAUGAAAAUACUUGACUUGAACGCACAUCCCCUCGUGGAUCAAUAUGUGACAUUAUGUUAGAGAGAAAUAUAAUGUUAAUUUCUUCCUCUUAAAGAUUUCAAUUGGAGCUGGUUGGUCUCCUUGCAAAUAAACUAACUCUGUCAUAUUGAUUAA